UUUUUUUUUUUUACUUGACUGUUCUUCUUGUCAUUCUUUCUUUUGCCCCUCCCACCUGUUUUACAUCAAGAUGGUGCCCCUUGCGUCUUGCAAUUAUGCCAUCAAUGACAGCGGAAAGGAAAAUGGCAAUGAUAGUAGCAGCGGCUCUUCUCGGCAUUCUCACACAAGCAAGAGUACAAGUAGAACAUCUUCCUUAUCAAUACUUUCACGCUCUCGAUCUCAAUUGGCAAAAAAUCCAACUUACAAUCCAUGUUCGUGAAUCUUUAUUUGAUUCGACCGCUCAUGGCAAUAACACUAUAUCAACAAAGCAUACACCAAUUAUACGACAAUCAACUAUUUAUCCUUAUCUCCUAUCUGUGGUGGCUCAGGAAUUUAUGCAACGUAUGGUUCUCAAUGAUCGUAUCAAGAAUAGUAUUGAAUACAAGAAUGUUUUUGAUGGUCAACAAGCUGUGGAUAAAUUGAUGAUUAUACUUGGUACCCGUUCUCGAUGGACAGCAUUGAAAGUGGGUCGUGCUUUAGGUGAUCAAGGUUGCUUUCAUGAUGUACUAUACGAAAAUGUCUUAUUGGAUUCGUCAACCGAUAUCUAUCAAUUCAAAGAUCUCCUUUUUUAUAACCAACCCAAUUAUCGGCAGCAACAUGGAACUAGUACUUCAACAACAAUGACAUCAACAUUGACGCCAGCUUCAGCAACAACAACCUUGAUAACAACCAAUAGUAGCUACAAUAGUAACAGCGAUAAUCAAAGCAGUACUACUUGGGCUGGAACGAUCACAACAGGAAGUACAAUUAGUGAUUAUUCAACAACAACUGAUGAUCGAAAUACACUUGCCACAGCAACAAUCACAACGCUAGAAGAUGAAGAUGUGAAUAACGACGACGACGACGAUGACAUUGGGUUAUAUUCGACCGCAGCGAUCACCAAAAAAGAAAACGCCACACCUACAUUCUUUGUGAAUGGUGUAUUCACGCCAUUGACCCGAUGUUAUGCAUCAUCAUGUGACAGUAUUCAUCCAUGUUAUAGUCCUUCAUGUAGAGAACGACAACAAAAAACCUUUACCGUAUCCAACUUAUCAUCAUCAACAACAACAGGAAGUCGAGGUACCGAAAUCAGUUUUGAUUCUAGAUCAACUCCACAUACAUAUUUGCGACAACGAGAACAAAUGUCCUGGGCAGAAAUGGUAUCUGAUGAUGUACUGAACUCUGUAUCAACUUUGGAACGAAAACGUCAAGAAGCAAUAUGCGAACUUAUUUACACUGAAGUGAAUUUUGUGAUGGAUUUGGACUAUUUAGGCAAGAUGUGGAUCGAACCUCUUUUAUCAGAAUCUAUUAUUCCAUUGACACGGCGACAACUUUUUGUGGAUAAAGUAUUUUCCAAUAUCACAAAUAUACAUCAAGCACAUGCCAAACUUGCCAAGAAACUAAGAAAACGACAAAACGAUCAUCCUAUUGUGGUGGAAAUUGGGGAUAUCUUGCUCAAAUAUGUCGACUCAUUUGCUAUGAUCAUUGAUUAUGGUGCCAAUCAACAUGAAGCUAAAUUUAUCUACGAAAAGGAACGUUAUCUCAAUCCUAAAUUUGAUGCCUUUGCAGAAUAUACAGAAAGACAUCCUUCUUCACAUAAACUAGAGUUGAAUGGUUAUUUGACAAAACCAACUACUCGAUUAGGUCGCUAUCCUCUCCUUCUAGGUGCUAUUUUGAAACGUACUUCUCCUGAACAUCCUGAUUAUGAUACACUAUCCAAAGUCAUGACUACGGUCAGAGAAUUCUUAAGCAAGGUCAAUGUGGAAGCUGGGAAUGCCAAAAAUCGUUUUGAUUUGGAAAACAUUCAUCAUCAUUUGUCAUUUAGACGGAAAUCAGAUCGAUUAGAUUUGAAACUAUUAGAACCUGGAAGACGGAUUGAACGUGAAGGGUUUUUGAACAAACGGCCUAAUUUGGAUGCUGCAGAUUAUCAAGUGAUUUUGUUUGAUCAUUAUCUUGUGGUAGCCAAGGUCAAAUGGGUCCGUGCUGAAAAACAUUAUCUUGUAGUUCGAAGACCACUAGCCAUUCCUUUUUUGGCCGUCUCUAUACCAACCUACUUGCCAUCUCCUCAACGAACCAGUAGUAUAUUGAUGUCUUCACGUCAUAGUCAACAAAGAAGAGGAUUGAUUUCAACAGAAAACGACAAUGCCGUAUUACCAAUGGGAACACAAGGACAUCCUCUUCUCUUUCAACACUUGGGCCGGAAAAAGCAUGGAGAUUCUCAAUAUGUUUUAUUUGCAUCAUCUCAAGCAUCAAGGAAACCAUGGAUCGAUCAAAUUCACCAAUUACAAGCUUACAACCAUUCACCUAAUGCAGUUAUGACCAUACAUACAGCUGUGCAACCUGGUCAGUUCAAACAUAAAAGCAUCAAUCAAGUAGUACCAUUCCAAAAUAAUCAGCUUCUUGUGUUCGCAAUGGAUGAUGGCGUUUAUGCCGGCAAAAAUGAUAGCGAUGGUGUUGUACACAAAGUAUUACAUUUGGAUCACGUCACACAUAUUCAUGUCAUUGAAGAAUUUCAAAUGUUACUGGUAUUGGCAGAUAAGAUACUUUGGCAAUAUAAUUUGACAGACGUAAUGAAUGGGAAAUUGGGUGUUGGCUAUAAAAAUCAACCGAUUGGACGAAAAAUUCAAAGCAAUGUUCCAUUUUUCUAUGUUGGUACAUGUCUUCAACGCACUCUGGUAUGUGUACCUAAAGUAUCCCCUUUGAAAUCAGUGAUCACGAUGUUGGAACCAUGUAAACCUCAAGCAAUGACGGACAAGAAACCUACUCUACUGAAACGGCUGGUACCUACAACAGUGGCUGGUGCUUCUUCUUCCUAUAUUAUCUCUUCCACAGAUAUUUAUUUAAAAAAGUUUAAAGAAUGCUAUAUACCUUGUGAAGCUUGGGCUGUGGAGUUAUCAAAUACGAAAUUAUGGAUAACUGGUCAUCGUGGUAUUAUGAUUGUUGAUAUGCAACGAACAGAUCGAACACAACCAAUGUUGGACCCUUAUGAUCCACAAUUGACUUUUAUUACUGAUCGUGAAAAGCAUGAAUCAAGACUGAAAAUUCGAUUACCAGUGAAACAUAUCUCAGUAUUCCGGACUCCAUUGAAUGACUAUCUAAUAUGUUAUGAUGAAUAUGCAUUUUAUGUCAAUGCCAAAGGAAAUCGUACUAGAUCCAAUUUUUUAAUUGAAUGGGAAGGAUGUGCUGAAUCUUAUGCUCUUAUUUGGCCAUAUGUAGUUGCGUUUGAAACUUCGUUUAUUGAAAUCCGUCAUGCCAUCACAGGACAGUUGGAUCAAGUAAUACGUGGAGAGCGUAUUCGAUGCCUUCAACAUAGGAUUGGAGAUGUUGUCUAUGGUGUGAUGGCCGAUCCUGAUCAAACCGAUGGUGAAUAUGUAUUCAAAUUAGUCUUAUUGAAUCCUCCUUCGAUCACUACAACUUGUCCAAUAUGAACUAUCAUCAUCAUAUUCCCUCCUUCCCUCUAUUUAUUAUUAUUAUUAUUAUUAUUAUUAUUGAUUUGAUACCAAUUUAGUCAUUUAUUCUUAUUUGUAUUUCUUUUACUAUUACUACUUAAU